UCUCUAUCUAUAUAUAUAUAUCUAUAUCUAUAUCUAUAUAUCUAUCUCUCUCAGGGUUGUGGAGGGUGGUUAAGCUGUCAAUCUAUCAAUCAAGAGAGAGACCAAUCCAUCAAUCAAAGUUUUUGUUUUUUGAAUUUUUAUUUUCAUAAGAUAAAGGGAGAAAAAGGGCAUACUCGAAGAGAUGUCAUCCUCUUCCACUACUCAUCCCACUUCUGCUACUUCCUCUGCCUUAUCUCAGCUGGACCACUUCUCUACUUCUUCCGACCAGCUGUGUUAUGUCCACUGCAACCUUUGUGACACUGUCCUCGCUGUGAGUGUUCCUUGCACGAGCUUGUUCAAGACUGUGACUGUGCGAUGCGGCCAUUGCACCAACCUGCUUCCGGUGAUAGUGAACAUGAGUGGAUUGCUUCUGCAAUCGCCAAAUCAGUUUCACUUGUCUAACUCUUUCUUCUCUCCUCCUCCUCCUCCGUCUCUUAACAUCCUGGAGGAGAUGCCGAACUCAUCAAACCAUAAUUACUUCUCUGUGCCUCCUACUCCUAGGGUUGCAGCUGAUGAGCUUCCACGCCCACCACUCAUAAAUAGACCCCCUGAGAAGAGGCAGAGAGUCCCAUCUGCAUACAACCGCUUCAUCAAGGACGAGAUCCAACGCAUCAAGUCUGCAAAUCCUGAUAUAACCCACAGAGAAGCCUUCAGCGCAGCUGCCAAGAAUUGGGCCCACUUCCCUCACAUACACUAUGGUCUCAUGCCUGAUCAGACUGUGAAGAAGACAAAUGUGUGCCAGCAGGAACGAGAUGACGACGUUUGCAUCAAAGAUGGACUUUUCUCCUCGGCUAAUGUUGGUGUUUCUCCCUAUUAAUUUACAUCUCUACUGUCUUUUCAUCAUCCUAUUAAAUGAAGAUCAAUGUUAACAGCAAAUCAAAAAUUAAGUCCAAAAGUCUGCUUAGCCUCAUGAUGAUGAUGAUGAAGGUCGUGGUCUGAUGUGGAUAAUCAAAGACUACUCUACUAUAUAUCAUCGUAUUAGUGCUUUUGGAAUGUGCAUGCAUGUAGCUUGUCUUUAUUAUUAGUAGCAGAACUAUCUUUGUCCAUGAAUUUUCCCAGCUAAUUAACUAUUUUCAGUUCAUCCA